AUGCCGCAGCAAUUGAGCUCGAAGGACGCCUCCCUGUUCCGACAGGUGGUUCGCUAUUACGAGAACAAGCAGUACAAAAAGGGCAUCAAAGCUGCUGAACAAAUACUCCGAAAAACCCCGAACCAUGGCGAUACGUUAGCGAUGAAAGCUCUCAUCAUGAGCAACCAAGGACAACAGGAGGAGGCCUUCGCCCUGGCGAAGGAAGCGCUGAAGAACGAUAUGAAGUCUCAUAUCUGCUGGCACGUGUACGGCUUGCUUUAUCGGGCAGAGAAAAACUACGAGGAGGCUAUCAAGGCGUACCGAUUCGCCUUGAGGAUCGAGCCGGAAUCGCAACCCAUCCAGCGCGACCUCGCACUCCUCCAGAUGCAAAUGCGCGACUACCAGGGUUAUAUACAGAGCAGGACCACCAUGUUACAAGCUAGGCCCGCCUUCCGCCAGAAUUGGACCGCUCUCGCCAUCGCGCACCACCUCUCCGGCGAUCUGGAAGAAGCUGAAAAGGUGCUGACGACAUACGAGGAGACCCUAAAGACACCGCCGCCGCUAUCGGACAUGGAGCACUCCGAGGCUACAUUAUACAAGAACAUGGUUAUUGCCGAGUCAGGAAACCUUGAAAAGGCAUUGGAGCACCUGGAAUCGGUGGGACACCGCAUCUCCGAUGUGCUCGCGGUGAUGGAGAUGAAAGCGGACUAUCUCCUCCGCCUCGGCAAGAAGGAGGAAGCCGCCGCAGCAUACACUGCCCUCCUAGAGCGCAACUCAGAAAACUCCCUCUACUACGAUGGCUUGAUCAAAGCCAAGGAUAUCUCCAGCGAUGACCACAAGGCGCUGAAGGAUGUGUAUGAUUCAUGGGCCGAAAAGUACCCGCGAGGCGAUGCUCCUCGUAGAAUUCCGCUGGAUUUCCUCGAAGGAGAUGACUUCAAGCAGGCGGCUGAUGCGUACCUGCAACGUAUGCUGAAAAAGGGUGUUCCCUCGCUCUUUGCGAACAUUAAACUCCUCUACACUAACACCAGCAAAAGGGAUACCGUUCAGGAACUCGUGGAAGGAUACGUUUCAACCCCUCAAUCAAACGGUUCCACCGACGGCUCUGCCGCUAAGGACAACAACGACUUCCUCUCAUCCGCUUACUACUUCCUCGCCCAGCAUUACAACUACCACCUUAGUCGGGACUUGUCCAAAGCCAUGCAAAAUGUCGAGAAGGCUAUCGAACUGUCCCCUAAGGCUGUUGAGUACCAGAUGACCAAGGCCAGAAUCUGGAAGCACUAUGGUAACCUCGAGAAGGCAGCUGAGGAGAUGGAGAAAGCCAGGAAGAUGGACGAGAAGGACCGCCACAUCAACUCCAAAGCUGCCAAAUAUCAACUCCGCAACAACGAGAACGACAAGGCACUACACAACAUGAGCAAGUUCACUCGAAAUGAGACCGUGGGCGGUGCUCUGGGCGACCUUCAUGAGAUGCAAUGUGUGUGGUAUUUGACAGAGGACGGCGAGUCGUAUCUGCGACAGCGCAAGCUUGGUCUGGCCCUCAAGCGGUUCCACGCCGUUUUCAAUAUCUUUGAUGUCUGGCAAGAAGAUCAGUUCGACUUCCAUAGCUUUUCUUUACGGAAAGGCAUGAUUCGUGCCUAUGUUGACAUGGUUCGCUGGGAAGACCGCCUGCGCGAGCAUCCGUUCUACGCCCGGAUCGCUCUUUCCGCCAUCAAGGCCUAUUUGCUUCUCCAUGCCCAACCGGAUCUAGCUUAUGGCCCUCUCCCUGUCAAUGGUGGAGGCGAGGCCGAUGAGGCCGAACGGAAGAAGGCAUUGAAGAAGGCCAAGAAGGAGCAGCAACGGCUAGAGAAGGCCGAGGCAGAGAAACGGGAGGCGAUCAGAAAGGCUGCUGCAAACCCUAAGAGCACGGAAGGAGAAGUCAAGAAAGAAGAUCCAGACCCUCUUGGCAACAAGCUUGUCCAGACACAGGAGCCGCUCAAGGAUGCAUUGAAAUUCCUUACGCCGCUACUAGAGUAUUGCCCCAAGAAUAUCGAGGCCCAAUCCCUCGGGUUCGAAGUACAUCUACGAAGAGGCAAAUAUGCACUUGCUCUCAAGUGUCUCUCCGCGGCCCACUCUAUCGAUGCCUCCAACCCCACUCUCCACGUUCAACUGCUCCGAUUCCGCCAAGCUCUAGACAAGCUCUCCGAGCCACUUCCACCUCAGGUCGCGGAGGUCGUCGACUCGGAAUUCGAGGCUCUCCUUCCUAAAUCGCAGAAGCUCGAUGAAUGGAACGCCUCUUUCCUCUCCGAGAACAAGGACAGUGUACCCCACAAAUAUGCCUACCUCACAUGUCAACGGCUUUUGACACCCGAGUCCAAACCGGAAACCGAAAAGGAGCUCGCCUCGACCCUGGAUGCAAGCAUUGUGUCCCUCGAGACAGCGCUUGCGGGUCUAGACCUGCUCGGCGAGUGGGGAAGCAACCAGGCCGCGAAGACGGCCUACGCAGAAAAGGCCAGCAGCAAGUGGCCGGAGUCGACCUUGUUCCGAAUUGCUUAG